AUGGAAAGAGUAAGUAAAAAAGGGCGAACUUACGUGAAAGGUCGUGCUGUGGGAAACGAAUUAAGAACUCUUAUCAUCGACGACAUAAUAUUGGCUGGAGGAUGUAGCGAAACAACUUAUUUUCCCGGAGACUUUAAAACUGUGGCAGACAAGUUCAAGCUAAGUAACACAACCAUUAAGAAUAUCUGGGUUUCUUUUUGCGAGAAUAAAACGGUAUUUCCAAGUCCACAUGGAGGAGGAAAUCCAAGCAAACUUGGUAUAGAAGAUCUUGAACUUAUAGAGGUUUUAAUAACUGCAAAUCCAACCAUAUCACAUAAAGAAUUGCUGGAUAAACUUAGGGAACAUGGUGAGGUAUUUGGCGAGGUGUCACAAUCGGAACUCUCCAGAGCGAUUCAUUGCCGAAUGAUAUCGGGUAAAGAGUAUACGAGAAAAAAAGUAACUACAGUCGCGAUUGAAAGAUUUACUCACAUUAAUAUGGUAUACACGCAAAUGUUUAUCGAUUAUCUUCAUUCGAAGGACCCGUUUAAAUUAAAGUUCUUUGAUGAAGCUGGAUUGAAACUACCAACGGACAGCACUCGCUGCUAUGGCCAUGCGCCGAAAGGAGAGCGAUGUGUAGAAAUCAGGCGUUAUCAUGAAACGCCUAACAUCACUGUAAAUGUUUUAGCCGGUCUAGAAGGAGUGAAGUAUGCCAAUAUUGUUGAUGGAGCUUCAACUACAAUUCAUUUCUUGCAAUUUUGGGGUGAAGCUGCUAAUGCUGGAGACGUUAUUACUGGAAGACCAGCUCUCGAAGUAGCAGACAUUGUUGUUAUGGACAAUUGUGCGACUCACCACUUUGACGGGGGCGUCAAUUUAGUCAGUUUCUUUGAUGAAUUAGGAAUUGAAUUAGUAUACACUCCAGCUUAUUCUCCAGAUUUUAAUCCGGUUGAAUUUGUUUUCUCUAAAAUGCGAACAGAGAUGCAUUAUUAUCAACUAAGUGACUUAGUAGAAUCUAACUUGAAACUCGGGGCAUAUGAAGCACUGGAGUCAAUAAACGCAAAUGACAUGAAAGGUUUUUAUCGGGCUACCUCAUAUAUUGAUAUUUAA